AUGGAAGAUGAAAGAGAUUGGGGCCCCAAACCCUUCAGGUUUAUCAAUGCGUGGACUUUGCAUCCCAACUUUGCUCAACUCUUUACUACCUGCUGGUUGAAUGCUAGUUUUGUGGGUUGGGCUGGGUUUAUUCUCCAACAAAAACUAAAACACUUAAAGUUGGAAUUAAAGAAAUGGAAUACUGAAGUGUUCGGAAAUGUUUCAACCAAACUUAAGGCUUCAGAGGAUGAAUUGCAUGACCUUGACAUCAUUGCAGGGGAAAGAGAAUUGUUAUGCUCAGAAAAGGCUAGAAGAAGAGAAGUCAGAGGUGAAGUGUGGAGGCUCUAUAGAAGGGUGGAGUGGUUAUGGCAUCAACAGUCCAGAUUGAAUUGGUCUCUAAAGGGGGACAAAGAUACUAGGUUUUUUCAAGUUAUUGCAAGUUCUCGUCAAAGUAGAAACAUGAUCAAUUCUAUCUCAGUCAAUGGUGUAUCUUAUGAGGAACCUAGUAGGGUCAAGCAAGAGGUUUUCCUUCAUUUCAUGAACCAUUUCCAGGAAAAUUGGGUUAAUAGGCCUGCUUUGGGUGGGGAUUUCAAAGUAAUUGAGGGUAGUCUUGUCUCUCACUGUUUGAUAUCAAAUUUCAUUGAAGCAGAGGUUCUGGCAGCCAUUAAAGAGAGCAAUAGUAACAAAGCUCCAAGCCCAGAUGGGUUUAAUCUGUUGUGCUAUCAGAAAUUCUGGAAAGUCAUGAAACAUAAGAUCAUGUAA